AUGACUCAAACUGAAACACGUCCACGUUUAUGUCGUUCAUCAUAUCAAUCAAAUAUAUUAGAAUAUAUUGAUACUUGUCCUCAAACAAAAUCAUUAAAUGAAUUAUUUUCAUCAAAAUUAAGUUUAUCAUCAUUAGAUCAAUUUAAUAAUACAAUAUUAGAUCAAUAUCUUGUUUAUAUAUUAUGUUUAAAAAUUAUUGAAGAUAAUGAUGAUAAAAAUUUAUUUCAAUUAAUUCAUCAAUUAUUAUUAAAACAUGGUCAAAUUUCAAAAUCAAUUUUUGAAUAUACACCACCAUUACCAUCAUUAACAUCAAAUACAUUAUAUACAAUGUAUCAAUCAAUUUAUAAUACUUAUUCAAUGUUUAUUUAUAAUGAAUUUGAUCUUGAUGUUUUAAUUGAAAUUGGUUGUUUUCUAUUAAAAUAUCGUUUAUGUGAUAUAUUUACAAUAUCGACAACAAAUAAACAAACAACAUUACGUACUAAAUAUAUUGGAUUUUUUAUUGAAAUUAUUGCAUUUUAUUAUAUUUAUUCAAAUCAUAAUGAAUUUUAUACAAAUAAUCGACCAAAUGAACAAAUGUUUCAACGUAAAAAUUUAUUAACAUCAAUUGAUCAAACAUCUCAGAUAACAACAUUAUCCAUUUUAAAUUCUCGACAAUCUCAAUCUCAUAAUGAUUUAUUUGAAAAAUUUCUCAAUAUACUUUAUCAAAAUGGUGAAAUACAAUUUGAUUUACGUCAAAUAAAAAAUCUAUUACAAAUGGAAGCCUAUCAAUUUAUAAAUAAAAAAUUAGAAAAUAAAAAAGUAGGUUUUAUACAAUUUAUUGAAACAAUUGAUAAAAAAUAUGGACAAAAUAUGAAACCAUCAACAUUAAAAUCUCUCUGUCGUUAUCGUAUAAAAAUGUGUUUAAAACAGUUUCCAAUUGAUAUUAGACAAUUAAAUAUGUCUAUAUCAGAAAAUUUACAAAAAUAUCUUUCAUACGAUAAUAAAUAUAUUUUUGAAUCUUAUGCAUAA